UAGACUCCCUCCGCCCACUUUAGCUUUAAUUAACGUAACCCCGAGUAGUUUAUUUCCUCCGCCGCGAUAUAUAUUCGAUCGCCUGCAUCUAUUUAAUUUUUAGUAAUAAAUUUUUGUAAGAGAUCGAAGAAAGAGAGAUGGCAAGAAUUGGGACGGCUUUAUUGGGGGGUUGCCUGCCUUGGUCGGCGGGAAUCGGCGGCGGUGUGCAUAGACAACCACCGCCGCGACCUAGGGUUCAGGCGCAGCCUUUAAAAGCUGCGGCAGCAAUAAUCCCCAAAGUGAAGUCGAUUCGCUGCAGCCGUGUCUCUCCACCGGGUGUUACCAAAGAGGAGGAGGAGGCCAUGCUUAGCCCGAGGCAGUUUUCCUUCUUCGGGGUCGAUAUGGUCGACAAGGAUGCGCUCGCUUAUACGAAGCUCAAGCCAAAGGGAUUUCUGGUUGCGGGUGGCCAUUUAAUGAUUACCGACCUAAGUGAUUGCAUAGAGACAUUAUUGGAGAAUGAAGACCGUUGGAUUCACACUUGCUACUCGGUGACUUACCAAACAUUACACUCGUAUAAUCCUAGUACCUCCGUCCUGAAAAGGAAUACCCAACCUCAGGAUUCGGAAAAGCUUUUGAUUGGUUGUUUGACUUCGAGAAUGGUCCUUUUAUGAAACCUACGAAGGAAAAAUCUAAGAACAUUGUCAGAUGUACUCAGAUUUUUUUUGUGUCCUGCUUUGAUGGGCCGGUGGCGGAGGCAAAUAUCAAAACUCGUGAAGAUUUCAAAAAAUUUCUGUUGCAGCUUAUUGCACGACAACGUUGUUUUGAGUCUAAAGAGACGGUGAAGGCAGUUUGCUCCUCUAUCAUGGUGGAUGCAGAGUCGCUAAAGACAGUUUUAAAUCUUCACUCAAUAAUCUAAUAUAUAUAUAUAUAUAUAUAUAUAUACUCCAAAGUUAGAUCUCACCAGCAGCUAUUUCAUAGUCUCACAAAGUUAGAUCUUUUAGCAUUUAUCACCGAGUACAGUUAGAGAGUGGUGGUGUUUAUUUUUUUUGUUUGUUUGUUUGGGUUAUGUGCCGAUGAAAAUCUACUUAAAUGUCAAUCACUUUAAUUUUCGACCAAUGACCUUUGAGACUUGAAUUUGUUAUUCUUUAUUACGGAGUAUAAAUUUAUACUCCAUAUAUGUUAUUGAUGUCCCUAUGCAAAGAUUAUGGUUUAAAUUGCACGCAUAUUAAGGAAAUUAUUUCUCUGUGG